AGUCACUUCCUACCGAUUUACCUCUGAGCUGACAGAGGCUGCUGUAUCAUGUCGUCGUAGUUGUUUUUCUCUGAAGUCUGUGUGCCCGGAGUGAAACGUGUUAUUUCGGAUUCGGAACAAUCCCGAGAUGGAGCGGCUCCUCUGGACGCUGAUGUGUUUGGGGUUUGCGUUGGUCCGGUCCAAAGCCGAGGGAGAGACCAGCCCGUGGUACCAGGAUCUCUGCAGUUACAAAUGGGAGGCCAUAGACCAAGAUAACAGUGUUGGUUACAGUCUAAAGCUCUGUGAGUCUUCACCCAGCACCAGCUGUGGACAAGGGGCAGCAGUGUGCUCUCACAACCACACCACCAACACUGACCAUACUAUAGGUGAACUGUCUCAAAUCAAGGUCACUGGUUAUGUGGUGGACUUCAAUACUACAGAGAAAUGUCCGGGAAGCAGCAACAACUUCCAAGCCAGUAUUAGCUUCCAGUGUGGGAAAACCAUGGGGACACCAGAGUUUGUGGCUGCGGCGCAGUGUGUGCACUACUUUGAGUGGAGAACAUAUCUCGCCUGCAAAAAGGACACAUUUAAACCACACAAAGAGGUUCCUUGUUAUGCCUUUGGCCCUAAGGGCAAACAUGACCUGAACCCUCUGAUCAAAGUCACCAGUGGUUACUUAGUGGAUGAUGGCGAUGACAAUAUUGACUUCUACAUCAACAUCUGCCGCAGUCUGGAUCUUCCAGACAAGUCCUGUCCUCAGGGCUCAGCAGCUUGUCUUAUCACGAGCCAAGGAGCCUUCGACAUGGGCUCACCCACAACCCAGCUAGAGCUCCUCUCCAAUGACAGAUUGAGAAUACAAUAUGUGGCUGUGGGCCCACCUCCUGAUAUGUGUAACCAGCAUGCUCCAACUGUCACUAUCACCUUCAUUUGUCCUUCAAACCGAAACUCGGGCAGCCCUCCGAAAAUGAUUGCAGAGACUAACUGUCGGUAUGAGGUUGAGUGGGUAACUGAAUAUGCUUGUCACCGGGACUAUCUGGAGAGUCAUAACUGUAAACUCACCAGUGAACGGCAUGACAUCUCUAUCGACCUGUCACCUCUCACCAUGGGCGCCACAGAUACCCCGUACCAUGCAUUUUCUGGGCAGAAGGAUAGCCCUGAAAGCUAUAAUUUUUAUCUGAAUGUGUGCGGCCGGGUCCAAACCGACGAGUGUGGAACUGAUGGCUUCAUCUCAUCCUGUCAAGUGAAGACAAGCGGCGACAUCCGAAAGGUGGCUGGGAGAUACCAAAACCAGAUUUUACGUUACUCUGAUGGAGACUUGACCUUGAUCUAUCCAGAUGGCACAAAGUGUUCCACAGGCUUUCAGAGGAUGACCAUGAUCAACUUUGAAUGCAACGAGAAUAUAACUGGGCAUGGUAAUCCUGUGUAUGCUGGAGAGACAGACUGCACCUAUUACUUUGACUGGGAGACACCUUAUGCCUGUGUCAAGGAGAAGGAGGAUCUGCUGUGUAGUGUUCUGGAUGGCAAAAAACAUUAUGACCUUUCACCUCUCACUAGAUUCCCAGAGUCAGAUGCUGCAGAUAACUGGGAGGUGGUGGAUGCCAAACCAGCAGAUGCAGAUCCAAAACGCUUCUACCUCAAUGUUUGUCACAAAAUCAUCCAAACUGCUGGAGCUUCUGGCUGUCCAGAGGACGCUGCAAUCUGUGCCAAAGACAAAAACAACAAAACAAUUAGCUUAGGAAACUUCCUUUCUUCUCCCCAAAAAACACAAAUUGGAAAUGACAUUAGACUGAUUUACACCAACGGAGACAUCUGCAGCCAUAACACCAGGAUCCAGACCAUUUUAACUCUCAAAUGCAAACCCGGAGACCUGGAGAGCGCACCAGUCCUUCGUAGUGUUUCUUCAGGAGGUUGUGUUUAUGAAGUAGAGUGGUACACCGCCGCUGCCUGCGUCCUCUCAAAGACCCAAGGAGACAACUGUAAAGUCCAGGAUCCACAAGCUGGUUUCUCCUUUGACCUUUCACCUCUCACCAAGCCUAAUGGUUACUAUAACUUAACCAGUGGAAACUAUGACUACUACAUCAAUGUGUGUGGUCCAGUCACUGCGGCCACCUGCCCUCUAAAGGCGGGAGCAUGUCAAUCUGACAAGAGCAGUUCAAGUUGGAGUCUUGGAGAAGCAAACUCGCACUUAUCCUACUAUAAUGGCCUGAUCCAACUCACCUAUAGCAAUGGCUCCCAGUACAACAACAAACAACACACUCUGCGAUCUACACUCAUAUCAUUCCUUUGUGACCCCCAGGCUGGAGUUGGAAAACCAGAUUUUCAAGCUGAGGAUGAUUACACUUAUAACUUCCGCUGGUACACAUCUUAUGCUUGUCCUGAAAGACCACAUAAGUGUUUGGUGACAGACCCCAAAACACUUCAUCAGUAUGACUUGUCCAGUUUGUCUCGGUCUUCUGCGAGUGGGAACUGGCUGGAGAUGGACUUGACCGAUCCAGCGAGUCGUAAGAAGUAUUACAUCAAUGUUUGUCGUCCAAUUAACCCUGUUCAGGGCUGCGACCGCCAUGCAUCUGUGUGCCAGAUGAAGUAUGUCAUAGAGCAGGGCUCUGUAAAAGAGGUUGUAUCCGUCAGUAAUAUGGGUGUUUCCAAACGAGGGCCCAUCAUCGAGGGACCAGACCGUUUACGGCUGGAGUUCACUGAAGGGUCUGAGUGCAUUUCCGAUGGCGUUAAACUGAAUUACACCACACAUAUUCACCUGGUGUGCUCUAGAGGCACUGUGGCAAAAGGACCACGCUUUAUGAUUUUCCAAAAUUGUACGGCAAAGUUUAACUGGGAAACAAGAGCAGCAUGUGCCAUCAAAACCACCACUAAUACUAAUACUUGUUCCAUUGUGGACCCAAACACUGGCUUUGAGUUCAACCUUCAGUCCCUUGCAUCUAAGACAGGGUACAAAACUAAAGCAAAUGGAAAGGACUUUCUUCUGAACAUCUGCUCUGAUGUGGCUGAAUGUGGUGAGGGUAUGGCUGGAUGUGAACUGGAGAAUGGACAUCCUGUGAGUCCAGUUGGAGUAGAAAAGACUCUACAAUACUCCACUGAUGGACUGUUGUCACUCACAUACAAAGGGAAGCUCGAGGAGUUGACAGCCACCCGGGACACCUUCAUCAUUAACUUUGUGUGUAAUCGAAGCUCACACCCUGGCAAAUUAACAUUGGUACAAGAGAAUUUGAGCUCAAUCUCGGACCGCACGGUCCGUGAUGCCAUGUUUGAGUUUGCCACUCCUUUGGUAUGUGUCCCCGCUCCAGUUAGCUGCCGGAUUAGUGAUUCUGAAGGGAAUGAGUAUGACCUAAGUCACCUGGCCCGGGAUAAUGAAGAUAGCCCUUGGAUUCCCAUUGACGCAGAUGGAGGCAAAUCUCGAAAGUUUUACAUAAAUGUCUGCAGACCUCUUCCUUCUGUUAAAGACUGUCCUGUGGGUCCUCUGGGAGCCUGUGGUGUGCUUGAUGGGACCGGUCACAACCUGGGCUACAUCCAGUCCAGUCCACAGGUGGCAGAAGAUGGUUCCAUCAGCAUUGUGUAUCAGAAUGGAGACAAGUGUGGAGAGUCCUCACAGUAUUCAACACGUAUCAUCUUCCAGUGUGAUGACAGGCCUGGUUCACCCAUGUUUGAUCGCACUGACGGUUGUGAGCAUGUCUUUGUAUGGAGAACCUCAGAAGCCUGCCCAAUCAAGAAGUCUCAGGGUGUAGACUGUCGCGUUCAGGACCCCCAAAGUGGUUAUGAAUUCAACCUUAACUCGCUAAAAGGCACUGAUUACUCUAUAGUGAAUGGCAAAUACACCUACUUCUUGUCUAUCUGUGGAGGCAUUCGAAAAGAAGUUUGUGCCACCUCAAACGAUGUUGCAGUUUCCUCGUGCCAGGUUGAUGGAUCCAGCCAUAAGAUUGCAGGAUUGGAAAGCCACAAUCUAAUCUAUGUUGACGGUCAAAUAAUUUUGAACUACACCAAUGGAGAGACAUGCCACAAAAUCUACCAAAGAACCACGGAGGUAUAUUUCUCCUGUGAUCCCAGCAAACAUCCAGGAGAGCCACAGUUUGUAAAUGAGACUCCAGACUGUACCUACAUGUUCACCUGGCCCACUUCCCUGGCCUGUAUCCCUGUCAAGACCACCAGUUGCUCUUACAAUGAUGGUCAGGGCCACUCUUAUGACCUCUCCUCUCUGGCGAUGGACACUCAGAACUGGGUAGCAGAGCACCGCACAGGAGGCAGUGAAAGAUUUUACAUCAAUGUCUGCAGGUCUCUGGUGCAGCAGGGAGGUUCGUGGAAGUGCCCCUCCUCAGCUGCCUCCUGUAUGAAGAGUGAGGACCAGUAUGUGAGUUUGGGGCAGGUGGUGUCUGCUCCCACAAUGGAUGGAAAUAUCCUAAAGCUGCACUACGCUAACGGCCAGACCUGCCGUGAUGGAAAACGCCAAAGCUCCACCACAAUCAACCUGCAGUGUGACAAGGACAGAGUGGACUCCCGGCCUUCUCUCAUCUCUGUCAUUGAGGACUGUGAAUACACUUUCCACUGGUUAACUGCUGUUGCCUGCCCAUUGAACACUACACAGCAGGAGGGCUGCAAGGUCACCAACCCCUCCACAGGUUACCAGUUUGACCUGAACUCAUUGACAAAAGCUGGAGGAUACACUGUGCGAGACUCAAAGGAUCACAACAAAUCAUUUCAAGUGAAUGUGUGUGCAGACAUUAGCAGUGCUGGGUGUAAACAGGGAUCAGCUGUAUGUAUAAAAGAUGGCAGCCGGAGUGUGAGUGGAGGUCAGGUCAGCAGGAAACUCUCGUAUAAAAAUGGUAUUUUGGAGCUGAAAUAUGAAGGAGGAGAUGCCUGUCCAGCCAACAGUGCUCUCACACACAGCACAGUCAUCCAGUUCAUCUGCAGGCCUUCACUCAUGAGCUCAGCACCUCCAGAGCCAGUUUUGAUCGAGUCCCAUGCUGACACCUGCACACACUACUUCUCCUUCCACACUUCACUUGUCUGUGACCACCUGGUGUCGUGCUCUGUACAGAACGGCUCUUCUCUUAUUGACCUCACACCUCUGAUUCACUGGAAUGGCUACUACACUGCAACAGAUGAUGCAGUGGAUCAAAGUGACACAUCCCCGGAUUUCUACAUUAAUGUCUGUCGACCUCUGAAUCCCAUCCCAGACGUCUCUUGCCCCACUGGAGCUGCUGUUUGUAUGGACCCUGACAAUGGGCCACCAAUAGACAUAGGUCAGGAGACAAUUGGCCCUCAGAUUAACAAUGCUACAGAUGAGGUCUUCAUCACCUACAGCAGUGGGACAGUGUGUGCGUCUGACCCUUCUAAGAAUUACACUUCCACAAUCAUCUUCACCUGCCAGAGUGGCCUGGAGCUGGGCUCUCCUCAGAUGCUGAGGCUACAGGACUGUGUCUACCUGUUUGAAUGGACAACACCUCUAGUUUGUCCUGACAGCACAAACACCAGCGGCUGCCGACUAACAGACUCUCAGCUCCAGUUCACCUUUGACCUGUCUGCGCUCUCAGAUGAGGUUCAGGUGUCCUCUGGCCCCAGCACGUACUACAUCAGUGCCUGUGGCUCUGUGAAGGAUGAGGCCUGUAAGAAGAGUUCAGUGUGUGAGGUGUCUAGUUCAGGCCUCACCAAAACCACCACAUCAUUUGGCAUUAGCAAAGUCAUGACUAUGGACUUCAAACAUGAGGAGCAAGCUAUACUCACACAGUAUGGAGGAGGAGACAUCUGUCCACAAGGGGCCACCAAAUACCAGUCAUCUAUCCUGUUCAUCUGUGAUCCGUCAGCGGGCCGGGGCUCCCCUCAGUUGCUCCCUAAAGCAGACGACUGCGCUGUUACAUUUGAGUGGCGCAGCAGUCUGGUGUGUCCCCCAAAGAAAAUGGAGUGUAAACUGGUGAGCAGUCACCAGACCUUUGAUCUUAGGGGUCUGUCCUCUCUCACAGAGCCAUGGAAAUUCCGCUACAAGGGAGAUUCGUAUUACAUCAACCUCUGCCAGGGGAUCCAUGGGGGUUUACCGGGUUGUCCAAAGGGAGCCACUGUCUGUCGGCGCUUGAGUUCAGGCAUUACACAAACUUUGGGACGAGUCUACACCCAAAAAAUGAACUACACAGAGAAGCAGAAGAAGAUAUUUGUCAGCUAUGGAGCAGGAGAUGACAUCUGUGGAGAUGGUUUGAAGGCCAAGACUGUAAUCGAGAUGAGCUGUGGCUCCACUGUGGGGCACCCCACUUUUACUCGGUUUGAUCAGGCAAAGUGUGAGUUUGUGAUUGGUUGGGAGACGCGCUCGGCAUGUGCAGUGAAGCAGCAGGAGGUGAAGAUGGAGAAUGGGACCAUUCAUGUUCCUGAGACUGGAGUGAGACUCAGUCUAGGAGCGCUGUACUUCAGCCACCACCAAGCUUCAGGAGACAUCCGGUCCAAUGGUGACCGCUACAUUUACCACAUUCAGCUGUCCGGCAUCACCAACAGUUCACUGCAGAACUGCCUUGGAGCCAACAUCUGUCAGGUCAAACUCAAUGCAGCUUACAGGCGCAAGAUUGGCUCAUCCAGCAAAGCCAAAUACUAUGUCAAAGGAGGAAACCUGGACGUGAUGGUGCCCUCGGAGUCUCAGUGUGGACGAGAGAAAACCAAAAUGGUUUCCUCCACCAUCAUGUUCCACUGCACUCCCAGCGCAGGAAUGGGCAUCCCAGAGUUCAUGCUGGAGACAGACGAGUGCCAGUAUCUCUUUGUGUGGCACACGGACGCCAUCUGCGGCCUCACGACUGUGGAUGCUCAAACGUUUGAUGGGGGCACCACUGAGGCUCCGUCCCUAUCUGGGCGUAGUCGGGCUGUUGCCGUGGUGCUGAGCCUGAUGCUUAUUGGCCUGACUGUGUGCCUGCUGGGACUGGUCCUCUACAAAAGAGAGAGAAGAGAGCUGGUGAUCCAGAAGAUGGCCAGCUGCUGCAGAAGAGGAAACCAAGUGUCCUAUAAAUACUCAAAAGUGAAUAUGGACGAUGAUGGUGGAGAGGAGGAGAUGGAGUGGCUGAUGGAGGACCUCGAAGCUCCACUCACCUUCGCUUCACACCGGAGAGGUAAUCACCAUGGUAAUGGCCACAUCACGACGAAGCACGUGAACACGGAUGGGCUGCACUCCUUCUCCUUGGACGAGCAGGACGACGACAGCGAAGACGAGGUGCUGAAUGUCCCUGGAGUCAGGGUGGUCAAAUCAAAUGCCCCCACCAAAAACUCCUCAGCCAAUCACAGUGCAUUCCUUCAGGAGGAGAGUGACGAAGACCUGGUUGGGCUCUUGGAUGACUCAGACAGAAGGAGAAAGUCAGGCAGAACACACUCCUCCAGCCACGGUAACAGCACGACAACAGCCAAUCAGAAACGGGAAGAGGAGGACAGUGAUGAGGACCUGCUGCGGGUGUGAUGUCACUUCCUCUUCCUGUUUCGCCCAGUCUGAACUCUUUCUCAGUGAAUGUUUCCAGGGUGACAAAAGUGGACUUUUUUCUUCUCUCUCUCUCUCUGGACUUUUUGGUUGGACUGCACCUUUUACAGCGCAGAUGACGACGGACGGACUGCUGUUGUUUGCACAUAUGGUUUCUUAUUUAUUAAUGGCUGAUCAUUUAAACUGAGCUCCGUCCCCUUUAACCUGGAAAAUGAAAUAACUGAUGAAGUAAAAAUCAACCCCACAAGAGGACAUACCUUCUUUGAGUCAAUUUUGUAGCGCUUUGUUAUCGCUCUAUUUUGACGGGUAAUUUUGCCAGUUAGUAGACCAGUAGAAUGAAGUUGGUCAAAUUAAUAAUAAAUACAUAAAACUUAAAAAUAUAUCUAUGAAAUACAAUACAUACAUUAGAUAAUUAUUAAAAUACAAUAAAAGAUAACAAAUUUUGAUACUUUUUUCUUGUUUUCUGACAAUUUUGAUAGAGUUCCAACAAAAAUGUAUGUAAACAAAUGUCAUCUUUUGGGGUUGCCAUAUCUUUCUGUCAUUUUUAACUGAUUAUGGGAGAAGAAACCUGUUGAUUUUGCUGGACGUUGUUGUUGAAUGUGUUUCUAAAGGGAAUAUAAUAUGAAUCUUACUGAGAAAAAUGCAGAACUUUCUCUCUUGCACCCUUAAAGCAAGCACGAUGCCUUCCUACAGAUGAAUCUACUUAGCAUUUCCAUUGUCUAAUCAUGGGCCCCGUCUGAUCUUGUUUUGGUCCAAGACAUUGCACAUAAAUAAUACGUUGUGAAUGGACAUUUUUGUUUGUUGUCACUGGUGAUGAGUCCAUGUUUUAGUUUUUAUGAUUGUUUAAAUGUUUGUUUGAGCUUAAGUUAUAGGCCUUAUGAGUGAAAGAAGGAAUCAUGAGGUGGCAAACAGGUGUUAGUCUGCAGGCCCCUCUCAAAGCCAUAUUUUAAAAGGUAACUGACAUUAGUGCAAUGAGACUACUGCAUGGAGUUUAUGGUACUUUCUGAAGCCUAGUGUUUGCUAUGCUUACUCCUGUUUGCCAAAUAGCAUUUCCUCCAGUAUUCAGAAAAGCAGUACAGGCCCACGCAUAUCACAUUUAGUUUUCAAAGUUACUUUUCAAGGCCUUCUAAACUAUUCACUGGAUGUUUAGCUUGGCUCCAAGUUACAUAGUAAGGUUAACAAGUAAUACAUUUGCCUAUUAAAUGACCUCAACUAGUCACAUAUCAUGAAGAGCAGUCGCAUAGAGUGUGUUUAAAAACGUCUUAAGAAAAUAAUGGUUUAUCCAUGAAAGAACUGAGUCUCCAUAAUGUCUAUAUUGUCUGCAGUCAUUAGAGCCUUAUCUGCAGCCUUUACACAUUUUACUGUUAAAUGAAGCAUGGUUUAGUAUGGAUUUAAAUAGGGAGAAUGUCUUCUCAUUUUGAAACAUUGUUUGUUCACACUAGGAUGUUCAAGCUCUGUGCACUCACAGUGCUAUAAGUAAAGAUAUAUGGAGAAAAGAGGGAGACUAUAAUGCCAACAAUUAUUACGUUUUAUGUAGAUUCUUUAGUUGUGCCAAUUACCGGGGUAUUAAACCUUACUGAUGGUGUUCACACAGUGUAACUCCUGUGCUGUCUAAGACUUCCAUAAGCAUUAAUGCUACCACCUGCAAGUUAUUAUUUUUUUUCACCAGUAGACAGCGGAUGUGAAACCUGUUCCUCCCCUCACCUGGCCUUUGUUCAGGCUCACCUGUGCUCUGCGGUCUUCUAUCAGGCCAAAGAUGGUACAUAAGUUUAGUUUAUCCCACCUGGCAGUUCACAUAUGCCCAUCCUCUGUCCUCUUUGUGUUGAAGGUAUCGCUCAUGGUAGAUAUGGUAGUUUGAAUCUAUGGUACGCUGAUGUGAAGUCUGGCUCUGCUGUAGCACCAGUUGCAUGGUACUAACCCAAACUGGAAACAAGUGGCUUUUGUUCUGUUAUUAUUUUGUCUUUGUUAAAAAUAAUAAUCAAGUUUAAUUUAUGUAUGUCAGCUUUAAAAACCCAAAGUGUAACUGCACUCCAGAUCACUACCAAUGAGUCUAAAUCACACAGUUUGAUGCAAGGACAUGGGCAGUGGUCUUGUAUGUUUCAUGUGUGACAUGUUUUCCACUCUGCCUGUUUCUCUAUUUAGGACGGUGAUGUAAAUUAUUGCAUUAUUUGAAUAAAUAAGAGAUCUGCUGUU